AUGGACACCGAUUUAAAGAUCUAUCAAAAUCAUCACAGAGAAGAGGAGGAAGAAGACGAAGUCUAUGACAGAGCCAACGGAACCAACGCCUUGUUGGCCUCAGUCAAGACCAAAGUCAGAGACGCAUCGGUCAACAACGAGAAGACACUCGCUCUGAUGCAAGGAAACGUAAAAUCACUGCUAGAGAGCAUCGGUGAGGAUCCAGAGCGUGAAGGUCUCCAAAAGACACCACUCCGUAUGGCCAAAGCAUUGAUGUACUUUACACAUGGUUAUGAAUUAUCAGUAGAUGAAAUUAUUGGUGGUGCCAUCUUCAAUGAGAAUCAUCAUGAGAUGGUCGUUGUAAGAGAUAUCGAUAUUUUCUCAUUGUGUGAACAUCACAUGGUACCAUUCUAUGGUAAAUGCCAUAUCGGAUAUAUUCCAGAUCGUAAGGUGUUGGGUCUGAGCAAAUUGGCAAGAAUCGCCGAGAUUUUUGCACGUCGUCUGCAAGUACAAGAGAGAUUGACACGUCAAAUUGCAUUGGCCAUCAACGAAGCACUCAACCCAAUGGGUGUUGCUGUCGUCAUCGAAGCCUCACACAUGUGUAUGGUGAUGCGUGGUGUCCAAAAACCAGGUUCCUCCACUGUAACAUCAUCGGUCUGCGGUGUCUUUGAACAAGAUUCUCGUACACGUUCCGAAUUUUUCAGUUUAAUUAGAUCAAACAAAUAA